CAUACUUGAGAGGCCGAACAAAGUUUCGAUUAUUCAUUGCAUACACUUGUUCGGAAUUUUUAUAAUCUGUUUUUGGAGGUCGAUAUUUAGCUUUCACCAAUAACGAGGUCGGGGAAGAUGCACUAUGAUGAAGCUCGCCGGCAUCAGUUGAUCAAGUCAGUUGGUCACCUUCUGACGUGGGAAUUAUAAAAUCGUGCAACAUUCCUCCAAAGAAUGCAUCUAGAAACAAGAUUUAAUAGCGUAAUUUCAUCUUUCUAUAAGUUAUCUCCAAGCUCUCGACAAUUCUCGCAAUACUUGCCUCAUACUUUCGAGAUUAAUAUACCAAGCAAAUAAAAUGGUCUCCUACAGAACAAUCCUCACAUCCCUCUCUACCCUUCCCUCCUCACUGCCCUCCGGCCUCAAGGCUGUCUUUGUUGGUGCAACAUCUGGAAUCGCUCAGAGCGUCCUUAUCGAGUUCGCUCGUGCAACAGUCGGCAAAUCGCCAACUCUUUAUAUUGUCGGCCGCAGCAGACAGGCCUCUGCGAAACUCCUUGAAGAACUCCAUACGAUCAACCCCAGUGCCACCAUCGAGUUUAUUGUACAGGAUGUCUCGUUAAUACAAGGCGUUGACGAAGCGGUUGUCGAGAUUAAGAAGGAUGGAUUGGAUAAGAUUGAUUAUUUGGUUAUGGCAGUAGGGUUCAUCUCUUUCGAAGGAAGAAAAGAAACAAAGGAAGGCUUGGAACCCUCUAUGACAACCCGAUAUUACUCUCGUGCUCGCUUCCUCCACCAUUUCAUACCACUACUCAACGCAUCACCCAAUCCGCAUGUGCUCAACAUUCUCGCCGGCGGCGAGGAAGGCCGGCUUAACCUGUCCGACUUGGAUCUGAAAAAUCCCAAGAACUACUCCAUCACAAACGCGGCAGUACACUCCGCGACUAUGUUAACCCUAACCCUCGAAAGAUAUGCUACCUCCAACCCCAAAAUCAGCUUUGUCCAUUCUUUCCCGGGCAUCGUCGCAACGCCCACCUUGAAGAAGGGGUCUUCGGGACUACUUGGCUAUGUGAUGCGCUGGCUUAUUGCACCAAUGGCCUCGGUUUUCGGUAUGAGUGUCGAGGAAUCUGGGAAGAGGGGGCUUUUUUACUUGACGAAUGCGAGGUACACAGUUGAUGAGACGGAGAGUCUGGCUGCAGAUAUUCCAGAAGGGCUAGACAAAGCGCAGAGAAGUGAGGGAAAUGUUUUCCUUGUGGGUCGAGAUAGUGAGAGCGUUGGGAAUCAGGAAUUACUGGCAGAUUUGAGGCAGAAUACGGAGACGGUGUGGAAGCACACCAAUGAAGUUUGGAACGCUGCGACCUCGGCUUGAAGUUUUAUCUCAUAUGUCUGUAUGAUAUAAUAAUAAUUGAAUUUGUUACAAGUACUGGGAUAGAUUAUUACACGUGGAUUUUACUCGACGAUCCAG